AUGGAUUCCUUCGGUAAUGACAGCAAAAAGGGCGCAACCCACGCGACGUUGCCAAAUGAGAAAAAUCAAAAUAUCCUGAUCGGGAUGCGCGAUGGCGUCAGCGGGGACUUCAAACUAGUGCCGCGAAAAGAUGCAGUCGUAUCGGUGUUCGACUCGAACUUCUUGAUAGGCGAUGGUAUAUGGGAAGGAGUUCGCGCCAGAAACGGUCGAAUCCAGUUCGCCAAAGAUCACAUCAACCGGCUAUUCCAAUCUGCAAAAGCAAUGUUCAUGGAUCUUGGACUAUCCAAACUCCAGCUCCUGGAGCUUCUUCACAAGACUCUCGAUGCAAACGAGAUGUCCAAUGAGCCAUACGUUCACAUCCGACUGGUUGUAAGCCGAGGCUUAAAGUCGACACCCUACCAGAAUCCCUCGGUGAACAUAGGUCUCCCAUUGAUUGUGAUCAUCCCCGAGAUCAAGGCCACAGACCCAGGUGUCAAGAGGCACGGACUCAAGCUGAUCACAUCGCACAUCCGUCGAGGACCACCGGAUGUCAAAGAUGAGAUGUGGAAUCAUAUCUCCAAAGCAACGGAUGUACAAGCAUGUAUCGGAGCGAACGUCACUGGGGCGGAUGAAUCCUUGAUGCUGGACUUGAAUGGAUUCGUCAAGACAUGCAACUCAACGAAUUUCUUCAUUGUUCGUGACGGCGAAGUAUGGGCUCCGACGAAGAAUAAUCAGAUGCAGGGCAUUACCCGCCAAAAGUCGAUUGAUGUGUGCCGCGCCAAUGGUAUCCCGGUUCGAGAGCUCGAUUUUACUCUCACGGAGGCAUAUGGAGCCGAUGAGGCUUUUUGUACAGGAACCUUCCCCUCACAGAUCCAUGUGCGAGAGAUUGAUGGGCGGCAAAUUGGGAGUGGGAAACGUGGGCCGAUUACGGAGCGUAUCCAGCAGUUAUAUGUGAAGAUGGUGAUUAGGGACACGGAAAGAACACGGGAGGAGAUUCAGCAGGACGUUGAAGCACCACUCUCAUCUAAGCUUUAG